CCCAACGAUAAUUUUUUGUUAAAGCACCAAACAGAUUUAAUUAAGAAUCACAAUAUGAACGGAACUCCGCCGAAAUUAACUUUUGAAAUAACAAAAUCAACGGAAAUUACUAAAUUGAUUUCAGAUGGGAUCCGAGCUGCUGAGGCUCUCGAGGAUAGCAUAUUGAGGCAAAAGCAACAACAACACCAACAGGCAAGUGGGUUAGUAAAUCAAGGUUUGGCCAACAACUAUAUAGUCAACAGCAACACAAACAGUGCUAACGUUAGUCCUUCCUUGGGUACUAGUGCCCCAUCCCCCUCGUCCUCUACACAUGAUGCCUCAAAGACGUCUCAAGCCGGUUCGUCACAUCCGUUGGUGCCACCACAGCAACCGCAUAUAUCAACAAAUCCGCCAGAAACUCUGCAUGGCGAAACUAAUUUACAACAAUUUUUAGAUUCAUUACAAUCCACAUCUUCACUCUCGCAAUCACUCUCAUUACCACAUCCUAACAAUAGACAAUCACCAGUCUUAUUAGCCACUCACUUACAAUCACAUUUAAACACACCAUAUAACAACAUCCAUUAUCAUUUGGCACAGCCACACCAUCAUACUACCAACAAUCUAACCAAUAAUUUACCUUUAAAGAAUUCACAGAAACCAAUAGGGCUGUCUGAAUAUUUAAGGCCACCAUUUAACGCACCUCUUUUCCAUCCAGUUAAGUUGCCAGGUCGUCGUCCAUAUCCAGGACCCAUCAAAAAGGUUCCCGCCUCUAAACCCAUAUUGCCACAACAAUUACCAAGACAUCCUCCAGGACUGAGUGGUCCAGUACCACAACCUUCAGUUAUUGUUAAUCACUAUCGCAAGCCUGUACCCACUUUAUUGAGACCUUUCAUCAAAGAUAAGCCAUUUCCAUUGCAACCGUUGGCGGCUUCUGUUCUUCUAUUGGGUCAACCAACCGAAUUGAAUAACAUGCGUAAAACAGACAACCUCAUACAUAUGCUAAAGAAACCUAUAAUACCAGUGCCCUACGCUGAUUUAAUGCCACAGGGAAGUCUCACAAAACCCAUAUAUAAUAAUAAAAACUCACUAGAUAAAUUGAAAAAUAAGCCCAUAAAAAUAGCGGUUGACAACAUAAAAUCUCAUGAAACGUCCACAACAACUGCUAAAACAAUAAACGGUUUAAGUCCUGUGGGAGUUUUCAAAGAACCUUUCGAUAUGCAGGAAAUUAAAGAAGAACCUACCGCCGCUGAACUAGCCACCAUGAAGCCAGCCGUAAAUGAAGGUUUUAAGCCCGAUACAGUGGUUGUUGAAAGUGGUUUUAAACCAAUACUAAGGCAGGAUGGUCCCAUGCCACCUCCCGAAGUAGUAGAACAAAUUGCAAGCCGUCGCGAAGAUCCAGGCUUAGAAAUUGAUGAAGCAAUGGAAACUGAUACUCUAUUCUUAACGUCUCAACAGCAGACCCAAACUCAAAACUUUGAGCCCAUGUUUAUACCAUCUCCACCAGACAGCACAAACGCAACCAUAAUAAUACGCAAAACAUCGGACGCACAAAAUAUGUAUAAUACCCCAGUUGUACAGAGUAUGGCGACUAACAAUCUUAAGGACUUUGUAUAUAACAAACCAAUCAGCUCAAUGUUAAAGUCAACUUUGAAUCUACCAGAAGCUGCCAAGUUGAGAAAUGCCUCAUUAGAAGAUAUACUUAAUGAAUCAACUGAACAGGAUGACAACAAAAGUGGGGAUUAUAAAGAGGAAAAUGUACAAAAUAAUCUUGAAGAGUCUACAACUCAAAAACAAUUGACCACAAAACAAAAUAAAGUUAUAAUUAAAGAAAUUAAGGAACUUUACCCAUCUGAUGAAUAUCUAGAUAUGGAGGGCUUUCAAUCUGAAACAAAACUUAAGCUUAUAGCUACAUCCACUACAAAAGAGGAACCUAAAGUGAAAUCAACCACUCCCGCCGAAGUUGUCUUGAAAUUAAACAAAAUUAAUAAAAAUGAUAAAUCCAAUUUAGAUGAUAUUGAAUUCGAUAGCGAUAAUUCAAAGGAAAUGGGAGAAAACAAUGACAAUGACAACGCUAGAGAAGAAGACGAUGAUGAAUAUUUAUUCGAUUUAGAUCAACCCGAAGCCCAAGCUGCUGAACGCAUCGAUACCUAUUAUUUACCACCCGAUAAUCGUAAAAUACCACAUGCUAAUAUACCAAGUGGUUCUGUAAUAACAUUUGAUGGUAAAUCGGUAAUCGAUAGCUCAUUGGUGUUGCCGCCUAAAUUGGAUACUGAAAGAGAUGAUACUUCGUCACCACGACUUUUUAAUGGCAACGGUAGACAAGGCCUUUCUAAAUUACAACAAUUAAUAAGAAGUACUCCCCAAGUUGUACCAUUUCGUGGCGAAAUACCACCUUUAACGCCCGACUUAAGUCCUGAAACCACCCAACGUUCAUUACAAUCUAAUAAUAAAUUUAAUACGUAUUCGUCAUCAUCAUCAACAUCUUUGCGUUCAACUCAAUCAACAAAAUUACAAAUAAUAAAAAAUAAUAGCAAUUAAUAAAUUAAAACCAAGAAUUUCAGUAGAAUCAAUCAUCCAUUCAAUCAUCUCAAUCAUUCUCUAACAAGAAGCAUUAGUUUCGUUUCUUUUUUUUUCUACUUAUGUUUUUAGUCUUUGUAGGCAACAAAUACUCUUUCUACGCUCAUCCACGAACCACUUAGUAACUUGCCAUCAUCUCUGAGAAGGACGCCUUCUGAUUACUUUAAUAAAUAAUAAUCGUAAUAAUUAACCAAUUCAUAAACAAAUUAUUAAUUAUAUUUAUAAAUUUAAGUUCUCUUCCCCUUUUCUAUAUUGUAUACAUAAAUAAUACAUGCUUAAUUAAAUAUAUUAUAAAUAGUAGAUGUUGUUUAGAAAACCAUAGUGUUUUUUAUACAAAAAUGUAGAAAAUUGUGUGCUAAAUAUAAAGUAUACUCUUUAUAUAUAGAGUAUGUACUUUAUAUUCUAUAAAUUAAGUAUAAGAAAUUACAUAUAUUUUACUUAUAAAUAAAUAAUGUUAAAACAAUAAA